CCUUGACACAAACCAAACACNCACACAAAAACCAAAUGAAUAAAACCUCAAAGAAAACAAACAAUCUUAAUCCGCCGGAUUACUUUUCCGGCGCGGCCCUAAUGGACGUCCGGUGCAGUUUCCACACGCUCGUGGCUCUUCUCGUUGCCGUUUUGGUGGUCGGAGCCGUUUACCUAACGGCCGAGAGCGGCUACUUAGUGCAGGAAGACAGACUUAACGGUUCGACAGCAGCAUCGAAUUCUGGGUCGUCGUGCGAUUUGUUCUCUGGAAAAUGGGUUUUCGACAACACGUCUUAUCCGUUGUACGGAGAGCACGAGUGCUCGUUUAUGUCCGACCAACUGGCGUGCGGCAAGUUCGGAAGGAAGGACUUGGAUUAUCAACAUUGGAGAUGGCAACCACACCAUUGUGACCUCCCGAGGUUCAAUGCCACAGCAUUAUUAGAGAAAUUGAGGAAUAAAAGGCUUGUGUUCGUUGGGGACUCUCUUAAUAGAGGGCAAUGGGUUUCUAUGGUGUGCUUGCUUGACCACGCAAUCCCACAUGGUCGCAAACACAUGCACAACAAUGGCAGCUCUUUAAUCACCUUCACAGCCAAAGAAUACAAUGCAAAAAUAGAAUUCUAUUGGGCCCCAUUGAUGGUGGAGUCCAAUUCAGAUGAUCCAGUAAGUCACCGGCUACCGGACCGCAUAGUGAGAGCCCAAGCCAUUGAAAAACACGGCCGCCAUUGGACUGACGCUGAUAUACUGGUUUUCAACACCUAUUUGUGGUGGCGAAGGCCCAAAAUGAAAGUCUUGUGGGGCUCAUUCAAUAAUUCAGAUGGGAUAUACAAGGAAGUGAACAUGCUUCGUAGCUAUGAAAUGGCGCUAAGGACUUGGUCCGAUUGGUUGGAAAUUCACGUCAAUCGUUCCAAGACUCAGUUGUACUUUAUGAGCAUGUCCCCAACUCAUGAAAGGGCUGAAGAAUGGGGAAAAUCCAACGGCCAAAAUUGUUACACGGAGACUGAUUUGAUAUCCAAAGAAGGUUACAUGGGAAAAGGUACAGAUCCUAACAUGAUGAAAAUAGUGGAAAAAACAUUAGAUGAGCUUCAAAACAGAGGAUUAAAUGUCCAAAUGAUCAACAUAACACAACUCUCAGAGUACAGAAAAGAAGGCCACCCAUCGAUUUACCGAAAACAAUGGGAGCCUUUAACGGAGUCGCAAAUUUCGAACCCUUUAUCAUACGCAGAUUGUAUUCACUGGUGUCUGCCGGGAGUUCCAGACACGUGGAACGAGCUUUUAUUAAAAAUGGUUCUAAAAAAAUGGGAGAUUUGUUACAUGUUCCGGCUGCUGGAAGGGCUGGUCGUGGUGGCCCUGCUGGCGGCUGCCGCCCUUUAUCUGAAUCGGGAUAUUAGUUAUUGGAAAGUAGUGAAAAAGAAUUUGACGGCUGUGAAAGAAGAACAAACGGUAAAAUGUGAUCUUUUUACGGGGAGAUGGGUUUACGAUAACGUGUCGUACCCACUUUACAACGAGGAUGAAUGUUUGUUAGACGAGAAUUUUUUCGCAUGCGAAAGGUAUGGGAGAAAAGAUUUCGAAUAUCGAAAUUGGCGAUGGAAACCUCAGCAUUGUAACAUUCCAAGGUUCAAUGCCAUUGCAUUAUUGGAGAAAUUAAGGAAUAAAAGGCUUGUGUUUGUUGGAGAUUCUCUUAAUAGAGUGCAAUGGAUUUCUAUGGUUUGUUUGAUUGGCAAAGCAAUUCCUGGUGGCCCCGAGUCACAUGUACACAACGAUGGCAGCAGUUUAUUAACUUUCACGGUUAAAUUCUAUUGGGCCCCAUUGAUGGUCGAGUCCAAUUCCGAUGAUAUAACAAACCAUCGGGUGUUGGGUCGCACGGUAAAAGUUGAGGCAAUCGAAAAACACGGCCGCCAUUGGGCCGAUGCCGAUUUUCUGGUUUUCAACAGCUAUCUUUGGUGGCGCCAAUUGCCCAAAAUGGAAGUCUUAUGGGGCGCCUUCAAUAGCUCCGAUGGGAUAUAUAAACAAGUGGACAUGCAGCGGAGCUAUGAAAUGGCCCUUAGAACGUGGGCCGAUUGGUUGGAAUUUCACGUCAAUCGUUCGAAGGCCCAAUUGGCUGAAAAAUGGGGAAAACCCGCAGGACAAAACUGUCACACGGAGACACAUUUAAUAACCAAAGAAGGCUACAUAGGAAAUGAAACAGACACUAACAUGAUGACAACAGUUGAAAAAACAAUAGAUGGGCUUCAAAAAAGAGGUCUAAAAAUCCAAAUGAUCAACAUUACAAAGCUCUCCGAGUAUAGAAAAGAUGGCCACCCUUCAAUUUUCCGAAAACAAUGGGAACCUCUAACCGACUCGCAAAUUUCGAACCCUAAAUCGUACGCAGAUUGCAUACACUGGUGUCUGCCCGGAGUUCCCGACACAUGGAAUGAGUUAUUGUACGCUUACAUAGUCGAUGGUACAUGGGAGACUUGUUUCAAGUUCCAUCAUCUUUGGGGACUCGUCUUAGUGUCCCUAGCGGCCACCAUUCUGUACGCGAACCGAAAUGUUAGUUAUUGGAAGGCCGUGAAAGAAAAACGAACGGCAAAUUGCAAUUUUUUUGACGGGAGAUGGGUUUAUGACAAAGGGUCAUACAAUGUUUACAAGGAGAACAAAUGUUCGUUUAUGGAGCUUAGUUUCGCCUGCGAAAGGAAUGGGAGAAAAGAUUUCGAGUAUCGAAAAUGGCUGUGGCAACCAAAUCAUUGUGACAUUCCAAGCCACAUAUUAUUAAUAUUCAAAAAGGCUAUGAUGAUCACAAAUAGGUUUGAUGGAAAUGCAUUUUUGGAGAAAAUAAGGGGCAAAAAAGUAAUGUUCGUCGGGGACUCGUUGAACCGAAACCAAUGGGUCUCAUUGCUUUGCAUGAUCGAGCCGUAUCUUCCUCCAUCGGCAAACAAGACGUUGACCUUGGCUACCCGAUUCAACUCAUUUUACAACAAAGAAUACAAUACAACAAUCGGCUUCUAUUGGUCGCCAUUUUUGGUCGAGUCGAAUUGUGACGACUACCUUAUGCACCGUAACUUUCAAAACCGUGUUGUAAUAAUCGAGGCCAUCGAAAAGCAUGCCUUGCAAUGGAAUGAUGCAGACAUAAUUAUUUUCAACUCCCAUGUUUGGUGGUUGACUCCAAAAGUGACAAUCUUGUGGGGAUCAUUUGCGAGUCGCGAUGCCAUCUACAAGAAGCUCGACAUGAACCACCGUAUUUACAAGAUGGCGCUGAACACUUGGUCCGACUGGCUCGAGAUGAACCUUAAUCGAACUAAAACAAAGUUGUUCUUCAUGGGUUCGUCGCCUUAUAUCACGAGAAGCGACAUGUUGAGACAUUGUUACAAUCGAAGGGAGCCGAUUUCCGAGGAGGAUGAUUUUGUGGUUUCGAAUCACACAAUGGCGAGUGUAUUGGUAUCGGCUCUAGAGAGACUCAAGGAGAGAGGGGUAAAUGUGGAAUAUCUUCGCGUGACUCGAAUGUCCGAAUACAGAAGGGAUGCACACCCUUCUGUAUACCGGUCGUUUCCAAUGAACGAGGAGAAUAAACGAGACCCUUUGUCUUUUGCUGAUUGUUUGCAUUGGUGCCUACCGGGAGUGCCCGAUUUUUGGAAUCGCAUUCUUUACGAUUACAUCAUGAAAUCCCCGUCAAAAUCAGAACAAAAUGCGGUAAAGGAAAAUAAGGCGACACUCAACGACUCUUUUUCGGGUUGCGAUUUUUUUUCGGGCAGAUGGAUUUUCGACAAUGUUUCGUAUCCUUUGUAUGAAGAGAGAGAGUGCUCGUUUAUGUUCGACGAGUACGCGUGUCAAAAGCACGGGAGAAAGGAUUCAAAGUAUCAACAUUGGAGAUGGCAGCCUCAUGAUUGUGAUCUUCCAAGGUUUAAUGGCAGAGCAAUGCUGGAGAAAAUAAGGGGGGAAAUGCUUGUUUUUGUGGGUGACUCCUUGAAUAAGAACCAAUGGACAUCAAUGCUUUGUAUGAUCGAGCCUUUUCUUGGUCCAGCCUCGUCUAAAUUAGUGACCCGGGAAGGCAAUUCGUAUGUUUUCCGAGCCAAGGGUUCGAAAAUCGAGCAACCGACCGUGAAAAAUCAAGACGAGCACGAAGAUUCCUCUUCGAAAUGCGAUUUAUUUUCAGGCAAAUGGGUUUUUGACGAAAAAUCGUAUCCUCUGUACAAAGAGAGCCAAUGUUCAUUCAUGCAGAACACUUUUGCCUGUUUGGACAAUGGGAGAAAGGAUUUUAAGUAUCAAAGUUGGAAAUGGCAGCCUCAUGGCUGUGAUCUUCCUAGGUUUAAUGGGACCGCGUUGCUGGAGAAAAUUAGAGGGAAAAGUCUUGUUUUUGUUGGUGACUCUUUGAAUCGAAACCAAUGGACAUCGAUGCUUUGCCUGAUCGAGCCGUUUCUAAGCAAAUCGACCGCUAAAAUAUGGACCAGGAAAGGCAAUUUGUUCGAGUACAAUGCCACAAUUGGAUUCUAUUGGUCACCAUUUCUAGUCGAGUCGAAUGCAGACAAUCCGGGGUAUCAUCAAGUGAAGGACCGUAUAAUUAGAAUCGAAGAUAUCGAAAAACACGCUCGACAUUGGACAAAUUCGGAUUUUCUUGUCUUCGAUACAUUCUCUUGGUGGCACCAGCGGACCAUGACACUCUCAUGGGAACCAUUUGGUGGGUCGAACACGACGUACAAAGUGGUCGGAGAAAAGCUUCGCCCGUACCAAAUGGUGAUCGAAACAUGGUCCGACUGGCUGCAGCUCAACGUGAACCGAACGAAAACAAAGCUUUUUUUCAUGAGUCAAUCGCCUCCUCACUUCCACGGCGAAAGUUGGGAUGUCAAACAAAACUGCUACAACCAAACCGAGCCGAUUCUUAAACAGGAGUAUUUGGGAGUCGAAAUCAACCUGUAUAUGAUGCGCAUGGUGAACUCGACGGUGAAGAGGCUCGAAAAAAGAGGGCUAAAAGUCGAGUAUCUUGACAUAACGCUUCUUUCAAACUACAGAAAAGACGGCCAUCCGUCGAUUUACGGAAGGUCGGUUAGCAAAAUAAGUCCCGACGAAUUGGCGAAUGCCAAACGACAUUCGGAUUGCAUACAUUGGUGCCUGCCCGGCGUGCCCGAUUUUUGGAAUCAGAUUUUGAUUAUGAAAAACGAAAAAUUGGCAGCUAAAACAUGGAUAACAAAACUGAAAUUCCCUCAACUUGUAAGCCUAGCCCUUCUAACCCUAAUCGCGGUCUCUCUUCACUUGACCCGAAACAACAAUGACCCGGUUGACCGGGUCGACCCGCAUGUUAUUAUCCAAAACGAAGACCCGACUGAAAACCCGUGGGUCAAAAACGACCCGGUCAAAGGUUGCGACUUAUUUUCGGGCACGUGGGUUUACGACAAUUUGUCGUACCCAUUGUACAAGGAAGGAAAAUGCUCGUUUAUGGAAGACGAUUUCGCAUGCGAGAAGUUUGGUCGAAAGGACUUGAAAUAUCAGAAUUGGAGAUGGAAGCCUCAUGAUUGUGACAUUCCAAGGUUCAACGGCACGGCACUCUUGGAGAAAAUUAGAGGCAAAAGGCUCGUCUACGUAGGGGACUCCUUGAAUCGAAACCUAUGGAAAUCGAUGCUUUGCCUUGUCGAUUCUUUUCUCCCGGCAACAACAAAAAGAUCGAUAAAAUUGAGCGGCAACAUGUUCUACUUUCGCUCCAUUGAAUACAAUGCAUCGAUCGAGUUCUAUUGGGCCCCACUUCUGGUGGAGUCCAAUUGCGACGACAUAGAAAAGCACCGCGUGUGGCCUCGUGUGGUCCGUAUUAAGUCGAUCGAAGGUCACGGGAGGAAUUGGUACGAUGCGGAUAUAUUGGUGUUCGACUCGUUCAUGUGGUGGAUGGGCCCGCGCGAUAUAACCCUCUUGUGGGGAUCAUUUGGGAGCCCCGAAGCAAUCGAGAAAACCGUGAACAAAAAGCUUCUCCCUUACGAAAUCGCGCUUCGCACGAGUACAAUGUGGGGCGCUCACCACACGUGUUUCGACCUAAAGGAGCCAAUUUUUGACGAGGCGUAUUGGCGAAGCCUAAUGAGUCCCGAGAUGGACCGAAUAAUCGAGUCGACACUAAAGGAGCUGGAAAACAGAGGAGUGAGAGUACAAUAUCUCAACAUAACUGAGCUUUCGUCUUACAGGGGAGACGCUCACCCGUCGACCCACAGGACAUUUUGGGGAGUCGCGUCUAACGAACAACUGAAAAACCCGAGAAAAUACGCGGAUUGCGUGCAUUGGUGUCUCCCGGGAGUUCCCGAUGUUUGGAAUGAAAUACUUUAUGAUUAUAUUAUGAAAUCUUGA